AUGUUUUCCCCGUCUGCAUUGGAUGUACCAGUGUUGGACACCUUGAUUUCGAAAUACUUGGACCAGUGUAGCAUACGUUGCCGAUAUCUACCACACCAAUUAGAUACUUGCGAAUAUCCCGAACUAACUACGGAACUCUCGCAUAACUUGCAACAGUUGUCGGAGAAGGCACGUUCCACCACAGAAUUCAUACAGCGAUUAAAAGGCAUGAGUGACAAAGUGACGGAGUCCUGCUUGGAAUUCGAAAGACUGGUGACGGCACAAUGCGAAGCCUUAAUACAAGCAAUACACGACCGCCGUGAAUAUCUACUCGAGGCCAUACGCAUGGAUAAGGAUACGAAAAUCAGAAUAUUAAAGGAUCAGCAAUCAAAUUGCACGGGCAAGUUGCAACAAACCACUGGACUAAUACAAUUCUGUAUUGAAGCGCUAAAAGAGACAGACAGUGCUGCUUUUUUACAAGUCGGCUCUAUGUUGAUUAAUCGUGUUGCCAAUACGGACAUGACCUGGCAUCAGGAGGUGACAAAUGCCGCUCCACGUGUUUCGCCAAUUGUCGACUUGACGCUCGACGAUGCUGCGCUGGUGCGGGCCAUAGAUAAUUUGAAUUUUAUGCAGAUGAAAGCCGUCAAAGAUGGAGAAGAGAGAUUACCAGCAGGUGAGAUGUUAUUACCCGUAACCACAACGUUAAAAACAAAUGAAACAACAGCAACUGCAUCUAGCACAAAUGAAAACACUCCAAUAACAACAACCAUGCCAACAAAAUUCAUGCGUACCGCAACACUACCAAAAUCCAUUUCGUCCAGAUUUCACAACAAACCCAACUUCAUGAACCUAACCAAUAAUGCCAUCAACACAUCCACCAAAAAAACCUUCACCACCAACACCAAUGCCAACAAGAUUAACAUUACAUCCACCUCAUCAACAACAUCGACAUCGACAUCUUCAUCACCGUCACUGUCACCAACGUUAUCACUACCAUCACUAACAUUAUUGUCGACACUCUAUCCAACGAUGAUAACAACAAAAACACCUUUAGCACCAACAAUUGUUCCAGAGGAUUGCUCAGCGGAAAAUAAUUCAGUUACAGUGGCGUGGCAAGCACCGGCUCAUUCCUUCGUCGAUGGUUAUGUAUUGGAGUUGGACGAUGGCAGUGGUGGCGAAUUUAGGGAGGUCUAUUGCGGCAAGGAAACAAUUUGCACCGUCGACGGUCUCCACUUCAAUUCAAUGUACAACGCGCGCGUAAAGGCCUUCAACAAUGCCGGCGAGGGUGAAUACUCGGAGCUCAUUGGAUUACAAACAGCGGAAGUUGCCUGGUUCACAUUCGAUCCGAUUCUGAGCGGCGGCGCCGGCUCUGGCCUCGUCUUCAGCAACAACAAUGCCACAGUGUCGGUGGAGGGUUGGGAGCACCGCGUCGCUUUGGGUUCGGUGGGCUUCUCGCGCGGCAUCCACUAUUGGGAAUUCACCGUCGACAAGUACACCAUGGACACGGAUCCGGCAUUCGGUGUGGCGCGCAUCGAUGUCAAUCGCAACAAAAUGUUAGGAAAAGAUGAAAAAUCCUUUGCCAUGUACAUUGACGGCCAACGUUCGUGGUUCCAACAUAAUUCCGUGCAUGAGCGACGCGUUGAAGGUGGCAUCACCACCGGCAGCACCAUCGGUGUGCUACUCGAUCUGGAACGACACACUUUAAGCUUCCUGGUCAAUGAAAUGCCACAGGGCUCAGUUGCAUUCCGAGAUUUGUACGGCGUUUUCUACCCGGCCGUAAGCAUUAAUCGUGGCGUUACACUCACCUUACACACCGCUUUGGACGCGCCCAAAAUGGAUUACUUCUGAGUAAGAAUGAAUAAGAGUCGAUGCAAACAGCAGCGAGAGUGAGAAGGUGGGGUGAAGAGUGCGUAGUGCGAGAGAGAGAGGGGGAUAGAGGGCGAAGGAGAAGAAGACUAGAAAGCAUGAGAGUAUUCUUCUCGCCUCUGUGUAUAUAUUUGCAUUAUAAAUAUCACGUAUUUAAGGUUAACAAUAUUUAUUAUAAAUUGCAUUUAUGUUAGAAUUACGUAGAGGCGUCUACCUAUAGACAUUGGCAUACUUUUUAACGUAAGGUUAGUUGUACUCGUAUUAAAUUAAUUUUAAGUAGCAUAAAUGGGUCGUAGGCACAUAUCUUAAGCAUUUAAAAUGGAGUAACCGAGAAAAAAUGUCGAGCAGCAAUUUAAUAUAUAUGUAUAUAGAAAAAAAACACGGCUUCCGUAAAAUGGAUGGUAAUAGAUUUGAGUAAAAAAAAAAACAAAAACCAAAUGCCGCAUAUAAAUGUUGAUUGCUAAUUUCUAACUGUUUAGUGUGCGUAAGUAAAUGUAAGAAAUUGAGUAGAGAAGAAUUUCUAAAAAUUGCAGUAAUCAUAAGUCGAAUCGCUGCACAGUGGAUACAACUUAAACAGAAAUCAGAAAAAAAAACUAAUGCCUAAAGAAUUAGCAGCAACAAUUAAAAAAAAAAUAAAUGCAAAGUAUUUCUAUAGAUCAAAGAUAAAUUGCCUCAAUCCAAUUCUUGAAAUCUCAUAAAUGGGUCCAGGCUAUAAAUGUAUACGUAGUAUGCACUACUUCCGUAAAAAAAAAA